AUGUAUAAAAAAUAAUCAGCUACACCUGAUUCAUCUAAACCUAGUAAAUUACAGAUUGCUGUUAAUUCAGUUAUGGAACAAUAAGAACAACCAGAAUAAAUGGUAAUUAUAUAAUCUUAUCAUUCCAAGCUAUUAAAAAAGAUUACCAACUUAUUUUCUAAUAAAUAGAGUUCUGAACAUGAUCAAAAUAUUUAAUAUCAACGAUGCUUAUAUAUUUUACAAUUAGAACCAGAUGAUAGAUCAUAAACUUAAGCAAAAUAAAUUUAAAGUUAUUUUGAGAAGCAUUUUCAUUACAUUGGGUAUGUAAUUGUGAAUAUUUAAGUCAAUUACGAGGAUAAUUAUCAGAGGAACUAUAUUUAAAGUUAUUCAAGAAUCUUUUAUAUGAGAAAGUAAACUAAUUUGAAUUGGUAUUCAAUUAUGGAGAAAAGGGAAGAAAAAUGUAUUUUAUAUUGGAAGGUGAAGUAGGUAUUUUGAUACCUUAAGAAGGUGAACCAAAAACUGAACGUUAAUUAGAUCGUAAUAAAAUUAGUAAUAAUGCAAGUAUAAGCAAUUAAACGAUUUGAUGAAUUAAUAUUGCAUAAUUACAGCAAUUAUAAAUUAGUUGCCAUAAAAAAGAAAUCAGAUCAUUUUGGUGAAAUUGCUAUUGAGUAAAGAGUUCCAAGAACAGCAACAGUAGUAGUAAAAACAGAGUGUGUUUUUGCUACUUUGUCAUACGAUGCAUAUUAAAGUGUUUUAGGUUAAUUACAAGAAUAAAUAAUGAAAAGAAAAUUUGAUAUAAUUAGAUCAAUUCCUCCAUUUAAGAAUUGGGUACAUACCUCAUAGUAUGUAUUUUUACAUAAUUGUGAGGAACAUACUUUUGAAACAAACAAUAUCAUUUAUAAAAGAUUUAAUAAAUGUGAUUCAGUGUAUUUGAUUAUAGAGGGAGAGAUUUUAGUUUAGAAAUGGGAAUAAUAUAGAUUAGAUUCUGAAGAAAAUGAAUUGUUUUUACCACAUGGUGAUAAAAUGUCUACUUUGGGUAGAUAUUCAAAUGGACAAGUUGUAGGGGAUUAUGAAGUUUAUUUAACAAAAAUGCAAUAGAAUUAAGUCAAGCGAUCUUCUUAAGCAAAAUGUAUGGUUAAAACUUCUGUUUUAAGAGUUCCAAUAUAAUAAUAUAUAGAGAAUAUGCGUAAUAAUUAAAGUGAAGAAUGGUUACAAUAAUAUUUUGAAGAAAAGUUUAAUAAGAAAUGGAUUAAUUAUGAAAGUAUCAUAUCACUUCAGAAAAGUGUAUCUGUUCCUAUAAAGAAUUAAUAUAUUCUACCAAAUGCUAAUUAGAAAAGUACUCAUAUUUUACGUAAGAUUUCUUAACCAAAUACUACAAAGUAUAUUGAUUAUAACUCAAAUUUAAAUGAGAAUUAGGUGAUCACUUAUUCUCAUGAUUUAUUGAAUCUAAUGAAUUAAAAUCGUAAAUACAGAGAUAAUUCUUAAAAUAAUAAGAAUUUACAUUUUCUUCAUUCUUCUUUCAAUAUUAUUAAAAGUUUGAAGAAUAGAAUUUCAAAUUAUUAAGAUAGAUUUCAAUUAGAAAGUAGAAGUGGAGUUUAAUCUUAAAGUAUAUUUGAUAGAAAGAGAUGUUAAUCUCGUAUUGAUUUUGAUAGUUUUUAAACGUAAUUCCUAUUAAAACCUAAUACGUGUUCUUAAAAGAAAAGAACAAAAUUCAGGAGUAUUCAUUAGUUUUAAAAUUUAUCAAAAGUUAUGAAAGUUGGAUCUUGA